AUGAGUCGGUCUCCAUCGUUCUCAGCGAGGUCUGAGCUUAGUAUAAAGCCUGAUCCGGAGUCUCUGAAACGAUGGGUUCACGCAUUUUGCAUUAUGAGGUUUGAUCUCGAGCAAGGCCAGCUCUUAGAAGAGUGUUAUCCACCGAAUCGUCUCUCACCAGAAGAAGAAAUCGAGGUUUCAUUCAACUCCUUCCCCGAUUCCGUCUCACAGAAACAUAACCGGUCAAGCAUACACGACUGCAUUUUCUUUUUCCGGUUUCGUAGACCGAAGAAGGAGGAGGAGGUAGGUGGUGGUGGUGGUGGUGAUAGGUACUUGUAUGGUUAUGUGUUUAAUAGGCAGAGGCAUGAUGAGAGAUUGAAAAGAGGAGGUGAGCAGAAGUCUGUGGUGAUACUAUCUCACACGCCUUACUCUAGUGUCUUUAGACCAUUGCUUCAAAUCAUUGGUCCUUUGUAUUUUGACGUUGGGAAUAAAGCUAUUGAGCAUAUUGCUGGUUACGUCUCCAUGUGGCCUCCCCCUGUGCCUGGCAAGCUAAUGGAGCUACCGAUUGGUAACGCAACGCUCAAGGUGAACUUGCCUCCUGCUCAUAGCCUUCCGUUGGAAAAUGGGGUUUUGUAUGAGGAGUCUGCUUCUUCAAUGGCUCCUUUGCUUCCAACGAAUCAGUCUGUUCCUCAGGGACUUUUCCAUGAUGCUGAUCUCUUUGGGGUUUACAGGGGGCUGUUGUUGCAGCUGUGGACGUUGUGGGAGCUGCUUCUUAUCGGUGAGCCUAUCCUCAUCAUAGCGCCAACGCCUCCGCAGUGUUCAGAGGCUGUUGCUUGUCUUGUGAGUUUGGUUGCGCCGUUGUUUUGCAGCGUCGAUUUUAGACCGUAUUUCACUAUACAUGAUCCGGGGUUUGCUCGGUUGAACUCACUCCGGGAAGGAGAUAGUUUCCCUCCGAUGGUUUUAGGUGUCACCAACCUUUUCUUCCUUAAGGCUCUUCGGAACAUGCCUCAUGUUGUCUCGGUUGGAACUCCAGCUCCGAACUCAAACCGUGUAGCGUUUUCAAGUAGGUCGGCAGGUAGAGUAUCUGGCAAGGCUGAAGGAUUAGGUGUGCAGCAGCUUUCGUUGAGAAGAUUCUCUCCUACGAAUUUGCUAAACGCAGUAAAGCUCAGGAGAGAUGGACCUUUAUGUCUCAUGACGGAGCAUAAGGAAGCUGUGUGGACGACCUACUCUGCGAUAACGAAGCCAGACACUUCUGUUUUGAAUAGACUUAUCGAUGCUGGGAUGUCGCCGAGGGUUGAGGAGUCAAUGUCAGUUGUGAAUAAUGAGAUUCUGAGACGGCAUUUCUUGGAGUUGACUACGAAUUUCUUGGCACCAUUUGGUCCUUACUUCCAGGUUAAUGCUCCUUCUGAUGGAUCUUCCCCAUAUGUUACUCCUCCUGCGCUCCCAUUGUUCGGUGCUGAUGAGUUUCUUUCAAAUUUAUCUGCGAGAGGUGUUGGGAAGUUCUUGUCUAAACGCAUGAAAUCCAAUUGGCCCGACUUGUAUAGGCGGUUUCUACAAGGGCCUAAUUUUAUGCCCUGGUUCCAAAGACGGCGUGCUGUUGCCAAGCAAGAACAACGUAGAUUAUGGAGGUUGGCUAGAAUGAAGACUGAUAUGCGACUGAUUACGUCUCAGAUGAAUGAAUUGGAAGCUGUGGAUUCCUUCAAUGCGAUUGAGAGAUACAUCAGUGAGGAAGUCAAGUCUCGGGAAUCAGGAGGAGGAAGUGCAGAUUCAGAAGGAACGUUUCAGAAACUGAAGACGGAUUUACAAGCUGUGUUCAGUGUACUUCCAAAAGACAUGCAACAGCUUUUGCUUUCGAAUCCGCAAAGAGCAUCACUUCUUCAAGAUCCAUCAGAGCUCCAAUGA